CUUUGGAAUUAUGUUUCCAUAUUUAUACUUGCAUUUAUUUCUAAAUUUUGCCUUUUUUGGGUUGCUUUUUUUUGUGGCUGUGACUUGGAGAAUCUAAAACUGAGGCAUUCUAUUUAAGUGGUUUCGAUAAGUUGGGUUUCUGUCCAUUGCUUUUAUGUCCCACGGCAACUUUCAAAUUCCUUAUUUGGGAAUUUUGAAAAGGGCAGUUUUGAUUCUUCUGUAUAGUUGCAUUUUAUUGCUUUUGAUCCUCAUUCUUCUAUUAUAAUAGUAACUACUGUCUGCCGGCCCGUGAAUCACUGUGUCUCCAAGUGGAAUAUGGAAGGUGAUCUCCUCCCUCUGGGACAGCAGAGGAAAUCCAUGGGGCCUGACCACGAGCUUGUAGAGCUCUUGUGGAGAAAUGGGCCAGUAGUGUUACAAAGCCGAACAAAUAGAAAACCAUGUCUCAUUGCUAAUGAGUCUAAACAAGUUCAAAAGACUGAUCAAUCGAUGCUCAAGGGAAAUGGGGCUUUUGGAAAUUCAAGUAAUUUGACUCAAGAAGAUGAUACGGCAUCGUGGAUCCAAUACCCACUUGAAGAUUCUCUGGAAAAGGACUUCUAUGAUUUCCUCUAUGAGUUUCCAACUACCAAUCCCCCUGAGGUUUAUAAGCCAUUCAAGCAAUUUGAAUAUGUUAAAUUUGGUGUGGCUGAGGAGAAGAAUGUGGUGGUCACUAAUAGUUCACUGAGAUCACAACCACCCAUUUUCAAACAAUCAAAUGACCCUUGUUUAUCUGAAAAUCAAAUGCCUCCUCCAAGAUUGCAAGUUCCUGCUUCAACCCAGCAAGAUCCUAACUUGGAUGAGAUUGGAAGAGUUGUAAACUUUCCCCAUUUUUCAAAGCCAAUCAAGACUGCCUUAGGAUCGGUAAAAGGAUUAAUUGGAGAGCAAGGACGGGAAAAUGUGACAAGGGGUGAGGUUGGAGACUCCUCAGCCAUGACUAUUGGUUCAAGCCACUGCAGCAGCAACCAUAUUGCAACUGAGGCUAAUUUGAGUCGAGUUUCCACUAAAGGAGUUUGCGUGACUGGCAUAUUGCCUGGACCAGCCAAAGGGAAUGUUAGAAAAGUGUUUGCUAAGUGUGAGAGAGCACUAACUGGUUCCCUUGAGCCAACUGUUACUUCGUCUUCCGGUGGAUCUGGGAGCAGUUUUGGAAGAGCAGGCAAACAGUCUAGUAGCACUCCUAGUAACAAGAGAAAGAGCAGAGAUGCUGAUGAAUCUGAGUGCCUAAGUGAGGAAGCAGAAUUUGAAUCAGCUGAGGCAAAUAAGGCAGUUCAAAGAACUGGGUCUUCUCGCAAGAGCCGUGCUGCUGAGGUCCAUAAUCUGUCAGAGAGAAGGAGGAGGGACAGAAUCAAUGAGAAGAUGAGGGCACUUCAAGAGCUUAUACCACACUGUAACAAGUCGGACAAAGCAUCCAUGCUAGAUGAGGCGAUCGAGUACUUGAAGUCACUUCAGUUACAAGUUCAGUUAAUGUGGAUGGGGAGCGGAAUGGCACCAAUGAUGUUUCCUGGUGUCCAACACUACAUGUCACGAAUGGGUAUGGGAAUGGGUCCACCUUCCUUGCUCUCUAUGCACAGUCCAAUGCAAUUGCCAAGGGUCCCAAUAGUUGAUCAAGCAAUAUCUGCAUCUCCCACACCAAACCAAUCAGUGAUGUGCCAACCCCAAGUCUUGAAUCCAAUUACUUUCCAAAACCAGAUGCAAAAUUCUAAUUUCCCUGAACAGUAUGCAUACUACAUGGGCUUCCACCAGCACAUGCAACCUGCACCUCAGUCAAUGAAUAUGUUUGGAUAUGGUUCUCAAGUGGUGCCCCCAGGCCAUAAAAUGGUUCCUCCCAUCACUAGUGGUGGACCCUGCAAUGGAGGAAUUCCAAUCAACAAUAUUCAAAGCCACAAACUUGGUUAACCUCCGAUAAUUCAUUUUUAUCGUGAUGCUAAUGGUCCCCACAGUGAACAGAACACACCCGCCAUGAGAACUUGAAGACAUCAAGGCUUCCUCUAGGUCCUUCUGCAUCCAGGGACCAAUUGGAGCAAUUAAAUCGUUUGUCAUGGUGGAGACAAUUACUGAACUUCCAUGAUUAUGACUUAUGACUGCAAGAGUUGUGGUGAAGGGUCUCAUACGUACAUAUCAUCAAUUAAAUGGUGACAGAGAAGUCUUUGGACUAUUUCAAUCAAGCAUUCAAGCUUCAAAUCUGAGCUGUAAAUUGAUCUCUGGUUCAAUUAUCAUAAUGAUCCCCCACUGAAAUUUUGGAAAGAGAUUCAUGUUAUUGUUUUGUAUGAAAGUCUCAGUAUGGGGCAAUGUACAAAAUUUGUAGCUGUUUCUAAUAUAUGAGCACCUGGUCCUCUCUCUCAAACC